GUUGGGAGGGGCGCACCAAAGCCAGAGCUGAGCCCCUCUCUGCUAUCCCUAGCUGGGCCUGGAGCGCUUCCACGGCGUCGCAAUCCUGGGCUCCAACGGCCCUGAGUGGGUCAUUGCUGACAUCGGGGCCAUCAUGGCCGGGGGCCUGGCAGUCGGGAUCUACAGCACCAGCUCCCCUGAGGCCUGUGGCUACGUCGCCGUCAACUGCGCGGCCAACGUGGUGGUGGUGGAGGACAAUGCGCAGCUCAGCAAGAUCCUGCAGGUGCAGAAGCAACUGCCCCACCUCAAGGCCAUCGUCCAGUACCGCGACCAGCUGGAGGAGAAGAGACCCAACGUGUACAUGUGGGAGGAGUUCAUGGAGCUGGGGAGGACCGUGCCCGACUCGCAGCUGGACUCCAUCAUCCGCUCCCAGUGCGUGAACCACUGCUGCACCCUCAUCUACACCUCGGGCACCACGGGUACACCCAAGGGCGUCAUGCUCAGCCACGACAAUGUGACGUGGGUAUCCAAGAGGGCGAAGGACAUGCUGGGAUUCCCGGAUCAUGGGGUAUUCAUCAACUACCUGCCCCUGAGCCACGUGGCUGCACAGAUCCUGGACCUCUGGAUGCCCAUGUACCUGGGGGUCACCACCUCCUUCGCCCAGCCUGAUGCACUGAAGGGCUCUCUGCUCACCACGCUGAAGGAGGUGCGCCCCACAGUCUUUGCGGGUGUGCCCCGUGUGUGGGAGAAGAUAGAGGAGAAGCUCAAAGCUGCCUUCAACCAGUCAUCCCUGGGCAAGAGGAAGCUGGUGGAGUGGGCACGGGGCAUCGGCCUGCAGGCCAGCUACAGCCGCCUGGACGGGGACGGCUCAGUGCCCUGGGGCUUUGCCUUGGCUGACCACCUGCUGUUCAGGAAGGUGCGCGAGGAGCUGGGGCUGCAGCGCUGCACCCUGUUUCUUGCCGGGGCAGCGCCCACCUCCAAAGACACGCUGGAGUUCUUCAUGAGCCUCCACCUGCCCAUCUUCGAGAUGUUCGGCUUAAGCGAGAGCAGCGGGCCGCACAGCACUUGCACAAAUGAGACCUUUCGCAUCUACAGCUGCGGGAAGGAGCUGCCAGGCUGCAGGUCCCGCAUCGAGCAGCCGGACGCAGAGGGCAUCGGUGAGCUGUGCUGCCACAUGGUUGGCCUGUUCUGCCAGGUCCGCCACGUCUUCAUGGGCUACCUGGGCAUGGAGGCUGCGACACGGGAGGCGCUGGAUGAGGAGGGCUGGCUGCACACGGGGGACCUUGCAUGCCGUGACCACGACGGCUUCCUCUACAUUGUGGGCAGGAUCAAAGAGCUGGUGAUCACGGCAGGCGGGAAGAACAUCGCCCCGGUGCCCAUCGAGGACGCAGUGAAGAAGGAGGUGCCGAUCGUCAGCAACGCAGUGCUGGUCGGUGAUGGCAGGAAGUUCCUGUCCAUGCUGCUCACCCUGAAGUGCCAGGUGGAUCCGGAGUCGGGGGCGCCCCUGGACGAGCUGAGCCCCGAGGCCGUGCGGUUCUGCCAGGAGCUGGGCAGCCAGGCCACGCGGGUGUCGGAGGUGCUGAGCACACGGGACCCGGCCGUGUACCAGGCCAUCCAGCAGGGCAUGGAGCGGGUGAACCAGCGCGCCCCGUCCCGCGCCCAUCGUGUGCAGAAGUGGGCCCUGCUGCCCAGGGACUUCUCCAUCGCCGGUGGGGAGCUGGCUGGGCCUGGAGCGCUUCUAUGGUGUCACGAUCCUGGGCUCCAACAGCCCCGCGUGGGUCAUCGCUGACAUCGGGGCCAUCAUGGCCGGGGGCCUGGCAGUCGGGAUCUACAGCACCAGCUCCCCCGAGGCCUGUGGCUACAUCACCGCCAACUGCGCGGCCAACGUGGUGGUGGUAGAGGACAACGUUCAGCUCAUCAAGAUCCUGCAGGUGACGGCAGCAUCCCCUCCCAAGGGGGUUCCUGCCUCCCUGCCCCACUAAUGACACAGAGCCCUGCCCUUCCCAUCCCUGCCCUUCUCACUCCAAGGGGUUCAUGUCCUGUGCUCCCCAUGCACAGUCCUUCCCGACCUCCUGGAUCCCAGCCCCCCGCCCCCGGCUGUGCCAGGCUCUUCUCCCUGGUGUCCUCGCUGUCCCAUUCCCAAUGGUGCCCUUUCCCCUGCUCCUCCCCUCAGCCCUGUGGCACAGCUAUGCCUGCCCUGGACUGCCAGCUUCCCCUGGUGUCACCCUUACAACCAUUUCAGAAUCUUAUCUACCCCCACAUGCCUUCUCUCCCCUAGAGAGCCUAGGCAGGCAGACCCCAUGGGGCACCUGGUGCUGAGAUGGGGGUGUAGUGGGGAGGGGGCUCUCCUCCCCCUGAGGAAGCCACAUUGAUCAUCCCUGCAGGUGCACAAGCAGCCGCUUCACCUCUAGGCCAUUGUCCAGUACCGCAACUGGCUGGAGGAGAAGAGACCCAACAAGUACAUGGUACAGGCCUGUAAUGGUGGUUGCGGUGGGAGGCACCCCCACCUCCCAUGGACCUGGGUUCCUGUGUGUCCCCUACCCAGCACCCUGCACCACCCCAGCACCUAUUCCCCCCACACCACAGACCAGCCCCCACACCCUCCAGUAUCUGUGCUCCCCAUAGCACAGAUGAGUCCCAUUCUACCACUAACCAGCUAAUCAUGAACAGGCUUUGGGGCCUCCUGCUUUAGCCGCACUCCAGCAGGAUUGCAUGCAUCCCUGGACAGUGGACAGGACUGAGGACAGCUGGUUUCACUGGUGGGUUCCUCCUCCUCUCUGCCUCUGGCUUUACCUCCCAGCGCACCUUUACCUCUCGCUUUCCUUUCUUCUGCACAUAACGUGCUUUCCUGCAAACAAAGACACACGAUUCUUUCAAUCUAAUUCUGGCUGACUGCAUAGCAGCUGCAGCACCUGGUAUUCACACCUUCAGCUAUUGCUAGGUCUGUGGUCUGCCCAUAUCAGUGUGGUCUGCCAAUCUCUGACCAGGUCUGGGGUCUGCAUUGUCCUGCCUUUGCCUUCCUCUCCUGGGACAGGAAGAAUCCCAAGGAAGAUGACUCAAGUGUUGGAUCUUGAAGUUUUCCCUGGUUGGGCUUGGCUUGGCUUGGCUUGUUCUUUGUCCGGAGUAUUGCUGUAGACCCCAGGGACACUUCUCCAGCCCCACUGCUGCUGGUUCACCAGAAACAUGACUGGGCGGUAGGCAUUGAGGAGUAUAGGUUGUACAAGUGUGGCAGAGUGGGGAAAAAUGGUGGGGGGUAGCACUCUAUAUUAAGGAGUGGUAUACGUCUUCCACCAUCAAGGCGGGGGUGGAAGAGGGGAACACAGAGGCAUUGUGGGU